GUCUCGCCCUCGGCAUCGCCCCUGCAGUCCGCGAUUGGGCUGCGACUGGCCUGUACGCGGCCAACCUCUGGACCUCGCUCAAUAAGGGGUGCCACUGCACGUGCACCUUCACUGGGGAGCACGACAAAGAGCUGAUCCAGAUCUUGCAGCGCCAAUUGGACAGGUGCGGACCCGAGCAGCUGCGGAGCGCCCCGCCUGAGUGCCCUUCGGUCUUCUGGGAGGUCGCCUCGGUCGUGACCCUCGCGGUGCUCGCCGCGUUCAUCAUCGGCUACCUCGCCGGCAGGACAGCCCGCCUCGGGGACAAGCUGUACUGCCUGUACAGCCUGGAGGAGAGGUUGUACCACGAGAGGCUUCUCUGCGCCCACAUCCACCGCGCCGGGCCGCGCGGUGGUGCGCCUCCGCAGCUGCGCAAGAAGAUGCUGUACCGCUUCGACCUAGACGACCAGGGCUUAGUCUCCCUCAUGGACGAGGGGGCUCGGCUGGCGGAGGCGGAGCGCCGCGAGGCCUUGCGCGAGUCGGCGCCACCUGCGCCGGCGCCCGUCCGCCGGCUCCGAGGGAAGCAGCAUGCUCUCCCUGCGGCGCCGGACGGUGGCACGGAUACGCCGCGGGGCUCCGACGUCGGCCUUGCCGCUGGCGCUGCGGAGCCGCCGCUGCCGCCGCCUGCUCACGCGCCCCCGCCUCCCGCGGGCGCCGGCGGAGGGCCCCUGCCGCCGGUGCGCCUGGACGACGGCUGGGUCGCCCUCGAGUCGCGGCUAGGCUUCAGGCGGGGCGCGCCGGUGGACGUGACGUAUGCCACCGUCUACGCCCAGGACGAUCGUGCCAUGGCCUCGUUCCCGGAGGGGGUCAUCGCGCUGGGACGAGUGGGGGCCCUCUCUGACGAGGUGCCGCUCUCGCCGCGGGAUGCGCCGGAUGAGGUCCUGGACGAGCGCAUCCUGAGGUACCGGAGGAGCGGCACGGGCCAGCGUCGCCGCGCCUUCGCGGAUGUGGUGGCCGAGCAGCGGGAGGUGCUCAGCACUCAGGAGUGGCGCGUGCAGGGGCCUGCUACCAUCGGCUGGCUGCUUCAGGCACACCUGGAGCAGGGUAGCGGGCCCGUCCAGCGACACUACUGGUGGCGACAGAUCUUGGGGUUGGCUGCGGCCGACCCCGGGGUCGACGAACAUUUGUUCCUGUGCGAGCUGAUCGAGACGGCCACCACGGCCGACCAGCUCAACCUCCCCGGGUGUGAGACGUUCGAGCUGGCGGCCAGGCGCUUCCAGCUGUGGGAGGAGGUGUACUCCGAGGCCCUGCGGCAAAUCGGGGUCUCAGGCACCGCUGGGGCCACGGCAGACUCUGACGGCUGGCUGGACGAGCGCCGGAUCUUCCUGGGCGGCACCCGCUCCAAGGGCCAUGCUCUGGUGGGGAGGGCCGCCACUGCGGUGGUGAUGGCGGCCUCGGCGCAAGGAGUCUCGGACACUGGCAUGGCGCGCGACGUCCUGCCCCUCCCGCUGGGCGCGACGCUCGACGAGCUGCUGCAUGGGGCGGCGGCCCGCCUUCUGCCGCAUGACGGCGGUCGGCGCGGGCGGCAGCGCCGGCAUCAGGAGGUCUGGCUGCGCGAGGGCAUCGCCGCGCUGAACGACCUCGGCGGCCGCGGUGGGGAUGCUCCAGCGGGGGCCCCGGCUGCCUGCCAGGUCGCCGCCGUGCGGCGCCUUGCGCAGCUCUACGGCAGGGUGGAGCCACCGCCAUCCGACUUGACUCCCCUGUGGGCGUGGCAGACGCUCCAGGCUUCGCGGAACGGCUAUGCAGACGUCAUGGCCGAAGGUGCUUCGACAACCUACAGGAAGGGGGCCAUGGCGCUCCCGCGGGCUGCGGCCGGGCGUGUGCGGCUUGUUGACGUGCUGCCUCCGCACCUGCAGUCUCUCUUGUCUGAUUCGUCGCAGAUGUUACGAGAGCCUGAGGCUCGCAAUUUUGCUUUGGGUGAGGCUCCCAGGGUCUGUGCCAUGGACCCCGUGCUGCAGCGGCAUGGCUACCAGUUUGGCGAGUGCCUCUCCGAGCUGCUCUCCGCGGGCAUCAUCGAGCGCGCGGUCGAGGGCAGCAUCAUCGAGCGCGCUGGCAUCUUUUUCGUCCCAAAGAAGGACUCGUCGCUGCGGCUGAUCUUCGACACCCGAAGGUCCAAUGCCAAUUUCCAGGACCCGCCCUACACGCUGCUCGCGAGCGGGGAGGCCCUGGCGAACUUGGAGGUAGACGCCGCUGGAGGGAUUGCUGUUGCCUCUGGCGACGUCGAGUGGUGCUUCUACCAGUACGAGCUGCCGCCUUGGGAGGCCCGUGCCCACGUCCUGGGCGCCAUCAGCCCGGAGGCGCCCUGGAUCGCUGACAAGGUGCCCACGCCGGCGCUCGGGUCUCAGUGCGCCACCGCCAAGAUGCUGUACAUCGACAACGUCGCAGUUUUCACGUCAGGCAGCGGUGACCCCGCUCUGGAGGUGGAGCGCAUGCUAGCAGCUCUGGGUGAGCGGGGGAUUCAAGCUUCCUUCGAUCGCGAUGACGGGGAUCUGCACACCCUGCUCGGCUUCGUGCUGCACAAGCCCUCUGCCACCUGGCGCCUUUCGCACAGCAAGUUUUGGCGGCUGAAGUUCAGCCUCGAUUUUGCACUGGCGCCCGGACGCGUCGUCACGGGGCGCGAGCUCGAGAGGCUGAUGGGCCACAUCACCGCGGCCGUCAUGCUGCAGCGGCACAUGCUCUCGCUCUUCCACGCGAUCUACGAGUUCUGCCGGCGCUCGCGGGACAAGCGGCAGCCUCUCUGGUCGUCGGUGAAGCGGGAGCUCACUUGGUUCAGAGCGUUACUUCCCUGCGUGACCGCUUCACUGAGUCGCCCCCGGUGCGACCGAGUCACCGCCACUGACGCAUCGCCAUGGGGGUUUGGCGUCGUGGAGCAGCCGUGGCCCGUCAAUGAAGUUCGGCGAGUUGGCAGCCUCUCGGAGCGCAGUCGCUCCAGAGGGGUCCUGACAGCUGACUACGCCCCCAGGGACACGCUGGGUGAACAGCAGCUCCUGCACGCCUCGGCGGCCGACGUCACCGCGGAGGGCACCCUGACCCACUUUGAGGAGGUGCCGGCGGCGCGGCUCUUGGCUGACCCUUGGUCGGUCGCAGCCGCCCGUCGCUGGCGGCGCGCCGCGGCCAUCCACGUCCUGGAGGCUGAGGGGGCGCGCUGGGCUGUUCGGCGCCUUGCUCGCAAUUCGCAGCUGCAUGGGCGCCGGCACCUCAUCCUGGGUGACAACCUCGGGGUGGUUUGCGCGUGUGAAAAGGGCAGAGCUGCACACUUUGCCCUCAACGUCGUCUGUCGGGAGAUCUGCGCUAUCUCAAUCGCCUCCGGGAUGCAGCUCAGCGCGCCCGCGAUGCAGCGGAGCCCAGGCCGGCGCCGACCACCGCCGCGCGCCUCCGACUGGCGCGGCGGGCGCGGGCCGCCAGGCCCUUCGGGCUCCCGCCAGGGCUGGACAUCCCAGGCGCCGCUGAGCGACAGGCCCGCAGAGAUCUGCGCGCGGCGGGCGCGGCUGUGUCCGCGGCUCCCGCGACUGGCGGCUCGUCGGGUGCGCCAUGCCACCGAGCUCUCGUACCUGCGGGCGCUGACCAUGCUCUUGGGUUGGCUCCAGCUGCUGGCGCUGCCGAGUUGGACUGCCGCGCAAUGGGGCGAGACGCCGGUGGACUACUCCGAGUGGGCCUUCGACCGCGGCAUGGGCCAGGAGGCGUUCUCGCGCACCCUCUGUGCCUUGGCGUGGGGCGAGCCCGCGCUGGGGGGGCCCGUUCGGCGUCUCUUUCCCUCGGCGCACGCGUCGCUGUCAGGCUGGACGCGGCUCCAGCCGGGACACUCCCGCCCGCCGCUGCCGCGGGCGCUCGCGCUCGCAAUGGCGGCCGUGCUGGCCUCGAUGGGGAUGCCGGACUCGGGCCUGUGCAUCUUGGUGGCCUUCGAGUGCUACCUGCGCCCGUCGGAGGCCGCGACCCUGCUGGCCAAGCAGCUUCUGCCAGGCAUGUGCAAAGAGGUCGGGGUGCUGCAGCACCCCCUCCUAAUCCUGCAUCCAGAGGAGCUGGCUACCAGCUCCAAGACGGGCGAGUUCGAUUCCACAGUUGCGUUCGACCUUCCUCGACAUCACUGGAUUGGGCGCGCGGCCGCGCGGCUGCAGCGGCUUCGACACGAGGACGAGCUGCUGUUUCAGAUCUCGUACCCGCAGCUCCCGGCCGACUUCCAUGCUGCUCUGGGCGGCAGCCGCCCCGCGGCUCUUCGACAGCGCCUACGAGCUGCCCUCCGCGCCGGCCGCCUUGGCGAGCGGCGGGCGUUCCUCGACCUCUUCUCGGGCUCUGGCGGCCUCGCCUCGGAGCUGAAGAAGAGAGGGCAUGCUGUUGUCUCGAUUGACGUGCUCCUUGGCCCCGAGUGCGACCUGCUGCAAGAUGAUGUCUUCCGCACUCUUCGGGGCUGGCUCGAGUCCGGUAUCAUCUGGGGCAUGUUUGCGGGCAGCCCUUGUGAAAAGUGGUCCCAGGCUCGCAGGGCUCCGCCUCGCAGCGUUAUGCCUCGUCGCUUACGGACAAAGGGGCACCUGCGAGGCCUGCCAGGCUUGGAGGGCGCCGACUAUCACGAUGUCGUCACCUCAAACAAGCUGGCCGACAGAAUCGCGCUCCUGCUGGGCAUCGCCCUGAGACGUCAGCUGCCAGCCGGAGAG